UUUCUACAUCUUCUUCUCUAGAUACGACUUCUAAGUUUCACAUUUCCUAUUAACAAACCUAUUCAUAUAUAUAACAUGCCUUUCCACUUUGCCGACCACUUCCACAGCUCUCCAAUGACUCCAGCUGAAGAGAAGCCUGACUUUUUCCCCACUGUUGAUGAUAACCAGGAGUCUGCUAUUGAUUCCGUUGACGCGGUAAAUGAAGAUGAGUUUGAUCACCAUGAACCCCGUCCCAGACAAGAUUCAUUCCAUCAAUCAUCUGACAAUUUGAUUGUGGGAUUGUAAGUGUUAGUGCCAAAGAUUUUGAACCCCAUAUUCGAUAAUUUUAAGUCUAAUCAAAAUGAGAAUCGCAUUUCCCUGUCUUUUGCUAAAAAAAAAAGAAGUAUUCCAUCGUUCAUAAAGGCUCAGUAGUAGCUUAUCAGAAGAAAUGCCCGCGAUGGAAGUAUCCCCAUGCUAUUAUUAACAGUAUAUAAUAGUGAGGUACAAAAGCUUAUAGCAGCUCCUCUUGCACUUUCCGGUGCAUGUGAAAUUUUGCCUUACAUUCAAUAAAGG